CACGGCCAAGCUCACUACCUAGCAAGGUUCACGUCCUGGAGGAGAUGGUGCUCGGAUGCGGGGAGACCCACGGGAAGUGACAGCGGAUGUUUGACAUCUACAGGAAGGUGCCCAAGGACCUCACGCAGCCUACGUACACCGGGGCCAUCAUCUCUAUCUGCUGCUGCCUCUUCAUCCUCUUCCUCUUCCUGUCGGAACUCACUGGAUUCAUAACGACAGAAGUCGUGAACGAGCUAUACGUCGAUGACCCAGACAAGGACAGCGGGGGCAAAAUCGACGUCAGCCUGAACAUCAGCCUACCCAACCUGCACUGCGAGCUGGUCGGGCUGGACAUUCAGGAUGAGAUGGGCCGGCACGAAGUGGGCCACAUCGACAACUCGAUGAAGAUCCCGCUGAGCAACGGGGCGGGCUGCCGCUUCGAGGGGCAGUUCAGCAUCAACAAGGUCCCAGGCAACUUCCACGUGUCCACACACAGCGCCACGGCCCAGCCACAGAACCCGGACAUGACGCAUGUCAUCCACAAGCUCUCCUUUGGGGACACGCUGCAGGUCCAGAACGUCCAUGGAGCUUUCAACGCCCUCGGGGGAGCGGACAGACUCACCUCCAACCCCCUGGCCUCCCACGACUACAUCUUGAAGAUCGUGCCCACGGUGUACGAGGACAAGAGUGGCAAGCAGCGGUACUCCUACCAGUACACGGUGGCCAACAAGGAGUACGUCGCCUACAGCCACACGGGCCGCAUCAUCCCUGCCAUCUGGUUCCGCUACGACCUCAGCCCCAUCACGGUCAAGUACACGGAGAGACGGCAGCCGCUGUACCGGUUCAUCACCACAAUCUGCGCCAUCAUCGGCGGGACCUUCACUGUCGCUGGCAUCCUGGACUCCUGCAUCUUCACAGCCUCGGAGGCCUGGAAGAAGGUCCAGCUGGGCAAGAUGCACUGACGCCCUGUGCCCUGCCCGCGGCGCCCGGCUCCUCCCGCCGUCCCAGCCCAGGACCCGGCUGUGAUCCAAGUGUGUGUGGAAGGUGGGGGGAAGCAAGGGGUGGCUCACGGUUUCGCAGCUACCUCUUCCCCAUGUUUUAGACAAAUUACACUGCCCGGAGUUACCGUAGCCCUUGCCCUGGGGGGGCCCAAGACCAGUCAGAUUGGCGGUGGUGGUCCAGGAUGUUGGGGAUUCCUCAUGGCAGGGAGCUGUAUUUCUUUCCCUGUUAGGGAACAGCCCAGAAUCCCCACCGACCAGCUCUGGGCCCAUCUAUGACAAUCUCGUAGCCCCCACCACGUGGACACACCAGUCAUUUGUUUUUGUCCCGGGAGCCCACCUGCCCCAAGGUGUAGACCUGGGCUCUCAGCUUUGGAGCCAGGCUGCCCAAGGCUCUCCUGCCUGCACCUUGCAGAAGGAGGGUACUUCCCAGGCCAGCCCCUGACGUCUGCUCUAUGGAUGGAACCCUCACUUCGCCCACCCACCCCACCCCGGCCCUACCUGGAGCCCAGGCCCAGGUCUCUUACCCAGCCCUUCCUUGUCCUUCCAAGAAGCAGAUGCCCAGCGUGCGGCCGCGGCAGCAGAGGCCCAGACCUGCCCAGGCGGGUCACAGUCCCCCUCCAUUCGUGUUCCUCUGAACGCCCCACCAAUGUGCCUCGGCCCCUGUGCUCUGUGACAGCAGCGUCUCCUGGGCAGUUCCCACUGCCAAGGCCCCCUCUGUUCUGCUGGGGUCCACAAGGUCGUGGUUUGUGACUGGGAAGCCACCUUCGAGAACCAGACGGGCAUGGUUUGUGCACUUAGACCCAGGCAGGGGGAAGUGUCCUUUCCUGCAUCCUGAAAACAACCUGUCUCUGCUUCUCCCCGGCAGCUGCCGUUGGUCCCAGGGCCUUAGGUGGGGAAGCCCUGCGGCCCAGCUCUCCUGUCACCUUUGCAGCUCCACCUUUGGGGCUCCCAGGGACACAGGGCACUUGGACCCCUCAGUACGCAGGUGUAGCCAGCUUGCGCCAAGCUAGCUUUCCCACCAACACAUUCCUGGCCCUGGAGUGGCUCUCGUGUCCCCCCACGUGCUCCCGAAGUGGCCCCUGUCCUGCUGUUCCCCCUCAACCUUCUCCUUUUGUCCUGAAAGGGAGGGACAACGUUCCAGGCACGGAUUCCACCCAGGGAAUUACAGCUACGCCCUCGUGGCCUCAUGGCCUGGAGAGCCACCUGCUCUCCACGUCUAUCGAGAUGGCUUGCAUACUCGCGCUCUCGCAGUGAAGGCGUGUCCAGGGAAGGCUUUUUAAAAUGAUCUGUAUGGAUAGCUCAAGUCUCUGCCAUUUGUAAUUUUUGGCUCUGAAUUCCGAUUAGAAAAGCUCUCCCGUUUGCCUCCGAGUUGACUGCUGUGCGUGCAAACCAUCUCUGGUUAUUUCUGGUAUCUGCGGCCACUUGGAUAGAUCUUGUUUUUGCUUUUUUUAAUAUAUAUAUAUAUUCUGUUCCCUGGUUACAUAAAGGAGUCUCUUUGGUGAGCCUGUAGUUUGGGGACAGGGUGGGUUGGGGUGAGAAAUGUGUGGCAUGCACAAGAGUUGAAAUUCCACUUUUAUGAAUUUUUUAAGAAAAGAAAGAAAAAAAAAAAACCUCUGAGAACAUGGAGGAUGUCAGUUUCCUAUGGAAGAGACACCUCUGACCUGUUAUAACAAAAACCUCAAGGGAAAAAAAUGUUCUCAUUCUUCCCCACCCUGGGUUUAAAUAGAUGAUUAAAGGCUGAUUUUCAGACGCA